AUGGGCAGCAGAGCAGAUCUAUUAUUCGAAGAUGACGAAGGUGAACUUAUCAAUUGGAAAAUCACAGAUGGUGCUUUCGUAACUGUUGAUUCCGUACUUUUCGUAUACUCAGUCAAAAGUGGUGAAAAGAAACCGCUGAAAACUUCUUUAUCUGGUGUUGUUACUAUUGAUACUACUAUUACUGAAGGGAAGAUUUUGAAAAAAGGUAUGGUUGUUGCUAGUAUCCGACCUUGUAAACAUGCUAUUGUUAUCAAAGAUAUGUGUGCAUCUUGUGGCAAGGAUUUAAGAGGAAGACCUGGAUUUUCUGGAGAUGUGUCGGAAGUCAGUACCGCAAAUGUAUCGAUGAUACAUCAUGUUCCUGAGCUUAUAGUUUCCGACGAACUGGCUUGGAAAAUUGGGAGUCGUGACCGUGAGUUGCUUCUAAAAGCACGCAAAUUAGUUCUGUUGGUUGACUUGGAUCAGACGUUGAUACAUACUACUAAUCACGCUUGUAAGCCAAAAAAUGAAAUGGAUAUCUUGCAUUACAAAUUGAAAGGAAUUGAUUUCUAUACCAAAGUGCGUCCAUAUACUCGUGAUUUUCUGGAGAAUAUGGCAGAAUUAUAUGAAAUGCAUAUAAUCAGUUAUGGUGAAAGACAAUAUGCACAUCGUAUUGCUGAAAUUUUAGAUCCUGAUAAAAAGUAUUUUGGUCAUAGAAUAUUGUCACGCGAUGAAUUAUUUUGUGCAAUGUACAAAACGAAGAAUAUGCAAGCAUUGUUUCCGUGUGGUGAUCACAUGAUUGUUAUGAUCGAUGACAGGCCUGAUGUGUGGCAGUAUUCUGAUGCUCUAGUUCAGGUGAAACCAUAUCGGUUUUUCAAAGAAGUUGGUGAUAUCAAUAAUUCGCGAUAUCCGGAAAAUGAAGUAUCUGCUCCAACUAUUCAUGCAGAACAAGAUUCGGAUUCGGAAGUUGAUGAAACUUUGGAGUACGUUGCAGCUGUUUUGACUAAAUUACACAGUGCUUUUUAUGAACUGUUUGAUGAUGCAAAAAUAGACCGAUUUCCGGUAUGUUUAUUGAGCAUAGCUCUAUUUUAUUGCCAUUUCAAAGAUUUGAAAGGAAUAAUAUCAUAUCUUCGGAAGCAAGUACUGAAAAACUGUUCAAUAGUAAUUAGUGGUAUCGUACCUGUUGGCGUUGAUGUGAAAAAGACAGAAGUCUAUCGAUUAUGUGUACAGUUUGGUGCUUCAGUUACGAAUAACUUGUGUGAAUCCACUACUCAUUUGAUUGCAGCACGAUUAGGCACAGCAAAAGUGUAUGAGGCUCAGAAGCGAAAGAAUAUUUUCAUAGUGAAUAUCAAGUGGUUGUUUACUUGUGUUGAAAGAUGGGAGAAGGUAGAUGAAAAAGAUUUUGAACUCUUAAGUUUUGAAACGCCAAGCGCAGAGAAAUUACAGCGUAAUGUAAUUAUCACCAAUGAAUUAUCAAGAUUGCCAACAUUUGGAAAGAAAACUUUGUCACAAAUGACUGGUGAAGUUGAUGAGGCUCUUUCAGAAGAAGAGUUAGAUAAUAAUAAAGAAGGUACUGAAAUAAAAUCAUCCGACAUCUUGUUCUCUAUAGAAGGUAAGAAGCGAAGGUCCGAAAAUACGGAAACGGAAAAUAGUGCCUCGUCAUCAAAAAAAUUGGCUGUAGAAGAUUUAGGAGAUAAUGGAUCUGAGACAUCUUCAUUGUCUGUGAAAUCAGAGACAGAUGAUGAUGUAGAUGAUAUGGCUGCUGCUGUUGAGGAACAAUUUUUCGCCAUGUAG